AUGCCACCGAAGACGACCACGACGAAGAAGGAGCAAACUUUACGAUCGUUGCAGACGCGACUCAACUCUUACCUGUACAUGUUUGAGGAUAUUCUCAAGUUUUCCCAGUCCAUGGAUGAUCAAACCACAGCAAUUCAGGUGUCAAUCAGGGUUGAUAAGUUAGAGGAGCUAUGGGAAACGAUUAGUGAGGCUAUAAUCGAGGUAGAAUCGCAUGACGAUUACAGUGAAGAGGAAGAGGAAGAGGAAUGUAGUAAAAUUAGGGCAAAGUUUGUGCAGCGGUAUUUUUUGGUGAAGACGUCAUUAUUGGAGAAGGCUAAGGAGCUGGAAGAUGCCACAUUGAACCAGUCGCGUGCUUUGGAUGCAUCGCAGUCGCAGCCUACGUUGGAACAUGUUCGCCUUCCACAAAUUCAGCUACAAACCUUCAGUGGCAAUAUCGACGAGUGGCUGAGUUUCCGGGAUUUGUACACCUCGUUGAUCCACUGGAAGGCCGAUCUUCCGGACGUCGAGAAAUUCCAUUAUUUGAAGGGAUGUCUCACAGGUGAAGCCAGGGCUCUCAUAGAUCCGUUGUCCAUCACUAAGGCGAACUAUCAGGUGGCGUGGGACACCUUGACGAAACGGUACAACGACAGCAAGCUGCUUAGGCGUCGGCAAGUCCAAGCUUUGACCAAACUACCAGUGUUGGCUAAGGAGUCAGCCUCGGAGCUUCAGUCCUUGCUGGAAGGCUUUGAGCGGAUCGUCCAAAACUUGGAUCAGCUUAUUCAACCCCAGGACUACAAGGAUUUGUUGUUGCUGGAUAUCCUAGGAUCCCGCCUAGACCCGGUCACACGUCGAGCAUGGGAAGAGUAUUCGGCUUCCAAGGAACAGGAUUCUAUUAAGGAUCUAACGGAGUUCCUUCAAAAACGGGUUCGAGUGCUAGGUUUGCUACCUUCGAAACCUGCUGAUCUCAAGGGAGAGUCGGCUGGCAUGUCGAAUAAGAAGUUCGUAGUUCCACGAACAAGUUAUAGCGCGGUUCAAACAUCUGGUUAUCGAUGCGUGGCUUGUUCAGAACCCCAUCCGCUGUAUCAAUGUCCAACAUUCCAGGGUCUCUCUGUGUCAGGUCGAGAAAAACUGCUUCGCAAUCAUUCGCUGUGCCGGCCGAUGCAACUGAAGAUAGCCCACCGCAUUCUCCGGUACAUGCUGAAUCAAAAACCGCAAGUACGGCGCAGCGAAAUACCAGUCCAAGUACCUCCGCAGUCCGAGAAUCCGUCUCAUCCAAUACGGCGCUCCAACGUUCUUCGUCAGUGCUGCUAG